AUGAUGGAAUACUGCCCUGUGGCCCAUUCGCAGAAGGGAUGGAUCAUGCUCUGCUUCAGUCUGGAAUUCGCAGCUCCCACCAUCCGCUUCAAUGUCAAAGAGAACACACCGAACGGCACGAUCUCCUGGAUCAAUGUCGACAGAAACACCGGAGAGCUGAAGGUUGCAAGUACUAUUGACAGAGAGUCACACUUUGUCCAGGAUGGAAUUUACAACAUCAACGUGAAGGCUGUUGAUGCAAGCUCCAAGACAGGCACAGGAAUCGUGGUGGAGGACGUCAACGACAACAUGCCAACACUCCCCACCGGUGAGCUGGUGGGGAGUGGCUCCGUGCUGUUGUCGCUGGUUGUCGCUGAAGACAAGGAUGGGUCUCCCUUUUCUUCCCCCUUCAGCUUUAGUUUGCUAGACAAUAAUGAUGGCACAUGGUCUGUGACAAGAAUUAAUGACGCAACAGCAACGUUGCAGCACAUCAAAGAGCUUCCUACAGGGAUACAUACUGUUCCCAUCUACGUCACAGAUCUGCAGGGCUUUGGUAAAACACAGACGGUGAAAGUAAGGAUCUGCCAGUGCAGGAAUGGAGCCUGCUUGGCCAAGCAAAGCUCUGUGUCAUUAGGGCCACUGGCUUUACUGGCUAUGCUGUUGCCUCUUGCCCUCCUCCUUCUGCUCGGCCUACUCCUCGCCUUUUUCUGCAUGACAAAGGGUGACACAUUGAAACUGAAGGAUGAAGCAGACAGUAGUGGAAUCCUGCUCAAGUCAAACACUGAAGCCCCAGGGGAAGAAGUGAAACUAGCCUACCUGGGAACAGAGGAGGACGGCCGGUACGCAGACGACAUCAUCCACUCCUACGGGUUUGAAGGGGCGGGCUCUGCAGCUGGCUCUGUGGGAUGCUGCAGUGACUAUGGUGACAACGAUAACCUUGACUUCCUUAACACACUUGGACCAAAGUUCAAAACUCUUGCCGACACCUGCAAACACACAUGAACAAUGAAGCUCAAAAACAAUGGUGUUUACCUUACAGUAUACUGUACAGGAUGCAGAGAGGUCUGGGAUCUGAAUGCUUGGCAUGCCCCUAAACAUGAAUGAGGGGAAAACCCCCCAAAAAACAAGCAGAUGGCGUCAGUUUGUGCAUAUAUUGCUUUUUGUUUUUUGUUUUCUUUGCUGCUUUUUGGUCUUUUGCACUGAAAAUUAUGCAGAUGCAGUCAGUUGUACAUAUUUUGUGUUGUAUAUUUGUUGUUUGCUUUGGGUUUUUCCAUCCACCUAUUCGCUAUAUCCACUUAUCCUUUUAGAGAAUGGCAGGGGGCUUGUUUUGCAGGUUCAUAAUGGUAGUUGUAGUGAUAUGUUUUCUAUCAAUUACUAACUUUGGUAAUUUUGGUUAUCAUUAAUUAUCUUUGUUGACAGUUCAUGAAACAAUUUUGCAUUUGAGUGGCUGAUUUUAAAUAGUUUACUAAAUUUAAUAUAUUUUUUUAAAGAAAAAAAACCUUACUGCCUUUAAGUAUUUCACAUGAAAAUGCUUUAAUUCAAAUCACAUGCUGACAAUUAUCCACUGGUUUUCCAAGUCAUACAGUAAUUAUCUGUGCAAACGCAUUCCAGCACAGCUCUUGACCGCUGGCGGGGGCGUAGUUUCAGCACUCAGUGUCAUAAAGGUUGCUGCAACAUUCUGACAGUAAUCCUGCAAAAGUCAGCACAAGGGUGUGAACGGGAGGAGUGAGGUGUUACUGACAUUGCCUGCAACUGUCUGAAUACAAUAGCGACCAGAUAUAAGAAAAGCUGAACAGAAAAGAAAAAUGUCCUGUCCUGAAUCUGACAUACCCAUAUGUGUAUAUUAAGUUGUCAAAGUUCAUUUAGUAUGGUCAUUAAAGAUUUUUUUUCUCUCUGUGAAUUUAGGCUACCGUAGCAGAUGUUUUAUAUAAAUCUCAGCUUAAUCUAAUGGAAAUUCAGAAUAAAUAAAUAAAUAAAAUGAUUAAGAAAGGGAUGCUGUAACUACUAAAUGCACUAAAGGCUUUUCUUAUAGCUUGGGUUCCUUGUUACAGUAUGAUUUCUUUUAUUAACAUUGUAAAAAAAAAAAAA